UCAACUUGACAUCUCUUGUAUCCCCAGAGCUACGCAUCCGGGAUGUCCGAGACGGGGAAGCAGCGACAGAAGACCGCGAUUGAGCUCGCAGACCAGGAGCUUCUCGCGAACUUGGGCUACAAGCAGGAGUUUCAGAGAGCCUUCACAGGACUGGAGACGUUUGGUAUCGCAUUCAGUAUCAUUGGUCUGCUACCAUCCAUUGCCUCGGUGCUCGUAGACUCGAUACCAAACGGCGGUCCUCCGGCGAUGGUUUGGGGUUGGCUAGUCGCCAGUAUCUUCAUUCUUCUUGUCGGGAUGGCCAUGGCAGAAUUAGCCUCAGCAGCACCUACUUCUGGAGGACUAUACUUCUGGACACAUUCGUUGUCAUCUCCAAGAUAUCGCAAUCUACUCGCUUGGAUUGUAGGUUAUGCGAACACGAUUGGUUCCGUUGCCGCGGUCGCCUCUAUCGAUUGGGGAUGCGCCGUCCAGAUUAUCGCCGCGGCGAGUAUCGGUUCCGGCCAAACCUUCUCUGGGACGAAUGCACAAACCUUUGGCGUGUACUGCGCAGUCGUACUUUCGCAUGCCGUUCUCUGCUGCUUCGGAACGCGAAUCCUGGCUCGACUCCAGACGGUCUACGUGUUUCUCAACGUCGUGUUGUGCCUAGCAGUGAUCAUCGCACUCCCUGCAGCAACGCCCAAAGAGUUUAGGAAUAGCGCAUCGUUCGCACUUGGUGGUUUCUCCAAUGUGAGCGGCUGGCCCAACGGUUUCGCCUUCAUACUGAGCUUCCUUUCGCCGUUGUGGACGAUAUGCUCCUUCGACUCCAGUGUUCACAUCAGUGAGGAGGCAUCAAAUGCCGCAGUAGCGGUGCCAUGGGCAAUUGUUUACGCCAUCGGGAUCGCCGGCGUGCUUGGUUGGGCCAUUAAUAUGGCGCUGGCCUUCUGUAUGGGCACCGAUCUAGACGCAAUUCUGAGCAGUCCUAUCGGACAGCCCAUGGCGUCUAUAUUCUUCAACAGCUUCGGUCAGAAUGGCACGCUCGCGAUUUGGGCGGUUGUAGUCGUUGUGCAGUACAUGAUGGGCUCCAGUAUGCUCCUCGCUGCAUCCCGUCAAUCGUUCGCGUUCUCUCGGGACGGCGCUCUCCCCUUCUCUGGCUGGCUAUACCGCAUGAACGGCUACACCAGAACCCCCGUCAAUACCGUCUGGUUCGUUGCGGUCCUCGCUAUGCUCUUAGGACUACUCGCCUUCGCCGGCACGUCCGCUAUCAACGCCGUCUUCGCGCUAUCAGUGACUGCGCUUUACGUCGCUUACUCCAUUCCAAUUGCUGCGCGGUUCCUAGGUGAGAAUGACUUCACUCCUGGGCCGUUCAAUCUAGGCCGUUUCGGUCUGCCAGUGGCGGUCAUCGCUGUCCUUUGGAUGACAUUCAUGGGUACUGUGUUCUUGUUCCCAACAACCCCAGGACCAGCGGUCGCCGAUAUGAACUACACCGUUGUUGUGUUAGGAGGCGUACUAUUCCUGUCCCUUGUGUGGUACUACUUCCCUGUGUACGGAGGGGUUCAUUGGUUUACUGGGCCCGUGCGGACAGUCUCGAAGGACACGCCGGAGGGAUCAGAGAGGCCGUCGACCUCCAUCUCUUUAGAGGAGAGGAAGAAUCGUGUAGCGGUCAACCAGCAGGAUGUAUAA